UUUAUCCUACUUUGCACCCCGAGGUUAGUAAUGCUUAUCCUUGGACCUCAUUAUUCUAGAUUCUUGACAAAUUUUAGCAGUCGUGAUAGUUUCUCGCGUAUCACUUUUCAUAAGUUGUUGCUGUUUGAGAUGAUUGUGAAAUUGAAAAAUCCGAAAUUCACAGUGAUAAACCGUGCUGAGUUUUUUAAUAGGUAUUCGUUUUAAAUGAUUUACUGGUGAUGAAGCUACGUAGCAACUAUAUUAUACUUGAGGACUCUUGAUAUUACAAGCUGAAAUAUCCCAUCAUUUAAGUAGGAUAUUGACCUCAUCAUAUGUCUUAAUACUCUCCUUUAACUUCAUACUACCGCCAAAUUAUUCAUAACCCCGCCAUUGCUUAUAUGGCUGCAUUCUGCACGGUUGUUCAUGAUUUGCAAUUCUUACCAGUGUUUAGUGGAAUUCUUAAACUUGAUAGUUGAAUUCUUUAAUACACAGUUUUAUUGCUAAACAUCUGAUCGGUGAAUAUUCUUUUUGUUUAGGGUUGAAAAAUGCCAAGUGCUUUCACCUUUGUCCCACCACCUGAGGCUCCUGUGUUUUACCCCACAUCUGAAGAAUUUAAAGAUCCUCUCGCUUAUUUAAUGAAAAUACGACCAAUAUGUAUCAAAACAGGCAUAUGCAAAAUUGUCCCUCCAAAAUGCUGGAAUCCACCUUUUGCUGUAAAUAUGGCUGAAUUUUCAUUCACACCUCGAAUCCAGAGGUUGUAUGAACUAGAGGCUCAUUCUCGAAUCAAGUUGAAUUUCCUUAGUCGAUUGUACAAAUUUGUUAAAUUACAAGGUGAAGAGAAAAUUCGAGUCCCCAGUAUUGCCGGACGUUAUCUGGACUUAUACGCCCUUCAUAAACAAGUGGCAGAGGCAGGUGGAUAUCGUCAAGCAUGUGACAAUCACUCCUGGCCUACUAUUGCAGAGAAACUUGGAUAUCAGACUCGCCACGCUCAGUCCAUAAGAAAUAAUUAUGAGAAGUUGCUUUUGUCAUUUGACCAAACUAUUUCUAACCAAACCCAACCAGCUAAGGGUAUUCACCGUCCUAUAAGCCGUGCGAGCAGUUACAAACGCUACAGAUAUACAUCAGAUGAGAACAAGAUCAACUAUUCAGCCAGCAAGGAACUGAAAAACUUACAGUUUUUCGGCCCAGGCCCAAAAGCUGCUGUGCCCGUUGAGGAGCUGCAGAAAAGUUUAGUAUCUGACAUCAACAUCGAUGAGUAUAAUUGUCGCGUUUGUGGUCGCGGUGAUGAUGAAACAAAUCUACUCAUUUGUGACACGGAUACCUGCCAAGCUUGCUAUCAUCUAUACUGUUUAAACCCACCUCUUCGCUCUAUCCCAAAAUGCCAAUGGAAAUGUCCUGAAUGUGUUAGAAAUGUUUGCUGCGGCCCUAUGGAUGUGUAUGGAUUCCCUCAGUCCAGCAAGACAUACUCUCUCCAAGAGUUUGGUGUUAUGGCAGAUGAAUUCAAGUCUGCUUAUUUCAAACGGCCAUGCACCGAAGUACCAUGUGCAGAAGUAGAACAAGAGUUCUGGCGUAUUCUGCAAGAAUACAAUGAUGACGUUAUUGUUGAAUAUGGAGCUGACAUACAUUCUAGUUCCCAAGGUUCAGGAUUCCCAACUAAAGCAAUGCUUAAGAAUCUAGUGGGUACCGCAUCUCAACUUGCAGAGGCAAAGAAGUAUGCUGAAAGUCCAUGGAACCUAAACAUCUUACCAUUGUUAGAUAAGUCCGUCCUGAGAUUUAUCAAAGGGAACAUAGAUGGUAUGAAAAUUCCAUGGUGUUACGUUGGUAUGGUUUUCUCUAGCUUUUGUUGGCAUAUCGAGGAUCACUGGAGUUACUCUAUCAACUUUAAUCACUGGGGAGAGCCUAAAACAUGGUAUGGUGUAUCACGUUUGCAUGCCGAUGAAUUUGAACGUGCAAUGAAAAAAAAUGCCCCAGAACUUUUUGAACAAGCACCAGACUUGUUACAUCACAUCACAACAAAUAUUAAUCCUAAUAUUUUGCAAGCAGAAGGUGUACCUAUUUAUCGAACUGAUCAACACUGUGGCGAAUUUGUCGUCACAUUCCCAAGGGCUUACCAUGCUGGAUUCAAUCAGGGUUUCAAUUUCGCAGAAGCUGUUAAUAUUUGUCUUCCUGAUUGGCUCCCCAUCGGUCGUGCUUGUAUUGAGCAUUAUGCUGAAAUCAAACGGCACUGUGUGUUUUCAAACGACGAACUAUUGUGUACACUUGCUGAAGUAGCAGUGGGGAAUGUUUUGCCAACAGAAAUUUUAAAAGUAACAAAUCCUGUUGAUCAGUUCCCUUCCUCUGAUGAAAAUUCAAAUAAGCAGGAAAAACUACCUCCUGGCUGCUCUACCUCAGGUUUAGACAUUGGUGCUAUAGCUAUUGUACAUCAAGAAUUUACCGCUGUACUGAAGGAGGAACGACGAUUGCGAGAGUCUGUUAUUCAGAAUGGUGUGACUCAGUCAAAGAAAGUGAGGUUCGACGAAAUGCCAGAUGAUUCUCGUGUUUGUGAUUUCUGCUUAACAACUCUUUUUUUGUCCGGAGUUAGUUGUUUGUGCGCUAAUGAAUCAAACAGUAAUAAAGUGAACAUCGAAAGCGUUACUGACACCUCGUCGAAAGUUCCUUAUACAAUUUCUCGAAAACGCAAAGCAUCUGGUCAGCCAUCUUCACUGAACGAAUCUUACGAAGAGGAAAGAAAACCUAGUCAUAUGGUGUGCUUAAAACAUGUUUCCGAAUUGUGCAGUAUAUGCCCACGUUCAGUCUUUGUGCUGAACUAUCAUUAUUCAAUUGAUGAACUGUGUAGCUUAGAGCAAUGUUUGGCUGAACGCUUAGCUCACUUUUAUUCAUGGAAAAAUCAGAUGUCUAUUUUAAUCAAACCCAACGAUUCCAAUUCUUCUUCAUCAUCAUCAUCAUUUUCGAGUAGUAAUCAAAUGAUCAAAAAAGAACCUAUUGAUGACCAGAAUUCAACUUCUGUUUGUGAAUCCUAUAAAUUACUCUCAGGCACUUUAACUCUCGAGGAACUUGAGAUGAAGUUGAAUGAAGGUAUCAAAGCUGGAUAUCAUACUGAUGAUAUCUUUGAUGAAGCUAAAUCACUACUCGACCGUGGAAAACAUCUUCAACAAAUAUGUAUGAAAUUAAAAUCUAUUAUCGAUACAGGAGCCAGUGAUAGAUUUAUGAACUCUUCUACUGCCUUGUCUUCAUCAACUGUCGAAAUGGUAAAGUUUCAAACUCGACGUCCUGCUACUUUACUGUGUAAAGUUGUGAAACUACCUCCAAAUCAAGGCUACAUUGUUCUUAAUCAUGAAUUUGAUGUUAACAAUCCUCGGGAACAUGACCUGACACGAUUGAUAGAAGCUUGUGAACAACAACAUCCUCUUAAUAUGCUAGAGGAUUCUUCUGUUCAAUUAAUCAAGAGACUCAUCAAUCAGUUAACAGUUUGGCACCAGUCAGCUCGUGACACAAUUAACCUCCUAUGUAAUUUAAUCCUAACGAAUGCCACUCGAAGCAUUUCUACUACAUUUUGUGUAUCAGACCAUUUAACCAACGCUGGUUUCAGUUCAGAUUACAUUCCGAAGAAUUUUCACCUUUUGUCAACAGAUGAUCAGGCUUUACUCCUUCUUGAUUAUACACUGGAGAAAUUACGAAGUGAAUUCCCCUUGUAUGUUUAUCGUAUUGCUGAAUGGAAUUCCCUCGAUCUCCUACGACAUGCGCUUAGAUGGUUGUGCAUUUAUAAUCGUUAUGAUAACAAGACAAAGUGUUUGUACUGGUCAUUACCUCGACUUCGGUAUUAUUUAGCUCUUGGUGAAGAAAUUAUCUCACGAUUAACAGCUGCUACUUCAUGUAGCCAAAAAUCUCAUUCUAAAGGACAUCUUUCAACCACGUCAUCAUCAUCAUCAUCAGGAAUAUUAAGUGGUCGACAAAAUCAAUCGAUGUCACCGUCACCAUCUUCAAACAGUGGCACAAAUGUUAUUGUUGUUGUUGGUGGGGGUGGGGGUGGUAGCGCGGAUACUGCUUUAAUUCAAAUCCUAAGAUUUAUACUCGCUCGAAUGCAUACUUCUGUAGGAAUAUUAACUCAAAUAAGUGUAAAAGCUGAAACUUUGAUAGGCAGCUUAAGUGAAGCUCUUAACAGCACAAGGUCUUCUACAUGUCAAGAAAUCGAGGAUAUUCUAUGUCAGUUCAAAGACCUUGGAAUUGAUCAUUUUACAGCUGUUAACCGACAAGUUAUAUCACCAGAUGAUGAACAUCAACUUAUCGAAGCACUAGAUGAACGUUCAUUCAGUCAUAUUGUUAGUAUUCAACUUGUCGCUGUAUCCGAAGAUGUUAUCCAAAUCAAGAGUUUAUUGAAACGACGUGUUGAUGAUGUUCUUAACUUUUGUACACGAGACAAGUGUAUUCCAUCCAUCAAGCAUCCAAAUUUAAUUGAAACGGAGAUUCUGUGUCACUUGGGUGCUUUCUUCACUUCACCUUCAACUUCUAAUCAUGUAUUAAAUUUAGUUACAACUAACCAGAAAGUUAUCAUUUUGUCGGAUAUAUUUGAUCGUCAUCUAACAAAGCUAAAUACACUUGUUUCCAAUACAAAAAGUGCUCUACAAGAUUUAUAUCUGAAAUUUUCUUGUAACUAUCCAAGCUACGAAGAGGCUGAUUCAAAUUCAUUGCUAAAGAUUUUGUUGUCUACAUUUCCAAGCGAACACCAGAAGGAUUCUUCCAUCGAGUCCUUUAAAGAUGCUUGUCUGUCAGGUUAUGAACAUGGACUGUCUGUAUAUAGUCAACAAUCAAAAGAUAAUCUCAACUGUAGUAUAUCAUCAGAACUCAAGACCAUGUUCAGUACAGGUACUUCAUGUGAUGUAUGUUCGAAACGAUUCCGAAUAUCCAACAUAACCAGGGUUGAGGAUAAUGCAGAAAACAGUUCUUGUGAUUCUUGUUCAUUAUGUGCACUGUUCUCAAAAGAUUCAGCUGUAUAUCCAACAUAUGCCAGUCUUGUACAAUUUGAACAUCACUGGUUGACUUCUGAUUCAUCUGCUACAAGCAAUCAGGCGGUCGUUGAUUUAACUGAAGAAAGCAAUUAUGGUACUUUAGUUCUAUUGGACACUCCUGUAUCUAUUGCCCUCCGGAUUUGUCUAAGUCGAAUUAAAGAAUGUUUCGUUGAAUUAGAAGAUAUUCUACGAUCACACGAAAAUCAAUUGCACAGAAUCUUAUUAAACACAGAUCAGUCUUUAGUACAACAACUACCCAGUAGUUUAGCAAAUUUCAUACAACAAAUAACUAUUUCGAACAGUACAACAUUAUCACCGUGUACAAUUGACAAUCAAUCUGAUUUCAUGCAUAAACUAAGCGAAGUUCUGUGCAUUUUGCUUACAUUCAAAGUUAAUCUAAUCCCUUGUAUCCAAUUUAUUGAAUAUAUUUUAUCCUCAUUGGAGUGUAGUUGA